UUAAUUUGACGAUCAGUGAUGAUCAACUAGUGCAUUUGGUUAUGAUAUCUCUUCCUCAUCAAUUUGAUCACUUCAAAGUCAGUUAUAAUACUGUGAAGGAUAAAUGGUCAUUGAAUGAGUUGAUUUCUCAUUGUGUUCAAGAGGAAGAGAGAUUGAAGCAAAGUAAGACAGAAAGUGCUCACUUAGCAACAAGCUAUAGGGGUAAACGAGGAAGGGACAAGGGAAAGAGGAUUCUUUCCGAGUUCGCUAAGGGGAAGAGGAUUCUUCCCGAUUCCUCCAGAAAUGUUGCGGGUCCAUCUGCAAAACAGUUUAAGAAGGAAAGAUCAGGUUCAGUUUGCUUCUUUUGCAAGAAAGAUGGACACAAGAAGAAUGAUUGUGAAGAAUAUCACGCUUGGCGCGUGAAGAAGGGGUUGCCUCCAGUGCCGAAAGCCGAUUGAUGCUGAAAGAUUCAUCUAUGUGGGCGAUGGCAAACAAGUUGAAGUGGAGGCAAUAGGCACAUUUAGAUUAUUACUAAAAACUGGUUGUUAUUUGGAUUUAGAACAGACUUUUGUUGUACCGUCAUUUAGACGGAAUUUAAUUUCUAUUUCUGUAUUGGACAAAUUCGGUUAUACUUGUUCAUUUAGAAAUGGUAAAUUUAGUCUUUAUCUACA